AUGAAUGGCUCUAGUACAAGCCGGGUGCUCCUGACCCUUACAGCUCAGCGCGUCUCACCAGCUUCUUCGCGCUUCUCACAGCCCAUUCACCGUCGUUGCGGCCUCCUCAAUCUCACGACCGAGCGCAAAGCUGCUACAGCGACCUAUGUUCCCUGUCAACGACGUUUCGCAAGCCACCAGCAGACAGCGCAGGACUUGAACCAGAAGGGCAUCGACCAGCAGCUAUCUGAAUAUGAUCGAAAUAUAGCGGAAGAGCAAGACAAGCAAAGGAGAGCGCCAUGGCAUCGCGAGGGCUCUCAAGAACCUCCUGUCAGGCGGCAACGCUCAGCAGGUGCCAUGACCAAAGGCAAACUUCUGACUACACCUUCACGCCUGCUUAAGUUAGUACUACCGCUCAGCACAGUGGACAUCAAUACCGAUCGCAAGGACGUGGCUCCGUUAGCCCUGCUAGUACACCCUAGCCAGCCUCUAUCUUACUUAUCACGUCUUAUCCAGUCUGAGCUUCCUACCGUUCCAGGGGCGAAGGGCGUCGAUCGUCCACCUGAGGUAUCUUUCAGGGCUGUGGAAUCGAAAGAUGAUGAGACCCCACCCUCGAGGCCCGUUGUUGAGGAGGGCAAAGGACCGAACGACCCCGAAGAUACUGAGAUCGGCGAAGGAGCUGUUCAGUCAUACAGCGGCGCAGGCAGAGAAUCUGAGACUGACUCCGAAGGUGAAUUCAUCAGAUGGUCCUCGUCUACAGAGAUAGGCGAUUUCAUACGUGACGCUGCUAGGGCCAAGGAGUUUGAGGUUGAGAUCGAGGGAAAUCCAGAGACAAUCAAGGUUGCAGUGCCCUCCUUCAACGACAGAACUUUCUAUCUGCGCCAGCGUUUACGUCGAAUGGCGACCACCAUCGCGGACAUGGCGACUUUGAAACACGAGUGUGAUGCUGCUGCACAUAAGACAGGGCAACGGGUGAGGCUGUGGGAUCCUGGUAGGAUAUUGGAUGUCGUGUACCGUCUCACGUUCGAGACCGACCUUGGUUGGGAUGUCAUGGAACCUGUUACAUACCUCGUCGGCUUAUCGACUCUAAUCGGCGGAUACAUGUGGUUUCUAUAUCACAAUCGCGAAGUGAGCUAUAGAUCAGCAAUGAAUCUCACGGUCAGCAGACGUCAAAGCAAACUCUACGAACAACGUGGAUUUAAUCUACAAAAGUGGGAAGCUCUUAUAGAAGAAGCCAAUGCUAUCAGGAAAGAGGUUAAGGCUGUAGCAUCAGAGUACGACGUGCAAUGGGACGAGAUGGCUGAUGAGAAAGAUCCGAGAGUGACGAAAGCUCUAAGAGACGAGAGGAGAGCGAACCAGAAGAGAUCGGGUAAAAAGAAAGACAAAGAUGAGGAAGAGGAAGAUGACGAUUAA